GCGCGCGUUUCCAGUUGCUGGUUCGGCAGCUCCGGCUCUGCUUUCCUUCUUCUUCGGGUAUCUCCAACCUCACUUCCCCCCCCCCCCACCUCGAGAUGAAGGCGUUGAGCCCGGUCCGCGGCUGCUACGAGGCGGUGUGCUGCUUGUCAGAAAGGAGUCUGGCCAUCGCGCGGGGCCGCGGCAAGAGCCCUGCGGCCGAGGAGCCCCUGAGUCUCCUGGACGACAUGAAUCACUGCUACUCGCGCCUCAGGGAACUGGUGCCCGGAGUCCCGCGAGGCACUCAGCUUAGCCAGGUGGAAAUCCUGCAGCGCGUCAUCGACUACAUCCUCGACCUCCAGGUGGUCCUCGCCGAGCCGGCCCCGGGACCCCCGGACGGGCCCCAUCUCCCCAUCCAGACAGCUGAGCUAACGCCAGAACUGGUGAUUUCCAACGACAAGAGGAGCUUCUGCCACUGACCCGCUGCCCUGGCACCACCAGAACGCAGGUGCUGGCGCCCGUUCCGACACCUGGGACCCAGGGACCCUCUCCGGCCGGAAGCCCGAGGGCAUGGAUGAACCCCCAGCCUCUCGCCUGUCCACAUUACUUCUCCAAACUCCUUCCUCGAGGCUGAACCCGGUGCCGGGAGCGAAGGACUGUGAACUUGGGUGGCCUGAAGAGCCAGAGCUAGCGCUGGUCACCAGCUGGGCAACGUCACCCCGUCCCCACCCC